AUGCAUGCCUUGCAGGCAACAGAACGCAUGCCUCGCAGGGCAACAGAACGCAUGCCUCGCAGGGCAACAGAACGCAUGCCUCGCAGGGCAACAGAACGCAUGCCUCGCAGGGCAACAGAACGCAUGCCUCGCAGGGCAACAGAACGCAUGCCUCGCAGGGCAACAGAACGCAUGCCUCGCAGGGCAACAGAACGCAUGCCUCGCAGGACAACAGAACGCAUCCCUCGCAGACACAAUGACCUGGCCUGGAACAUCAGAAACUUCGUACAUAACAAGUUGGAAAAGGUGGACAUGUCUCAGAACCUGAGCAGCGUGGAGCCCUGGGGCAGUUCACCUUGGUCCCACACUGACCUGGCUAGGAUGAGACACGGCAGAGUCGGCGCCCAGUUCUGGGCGGCGUACGUGCCGUGCGGAGCGCAGUACCUCAACGCUGCGCAGGUGACGCUGGAACAGAUAGAUGUCAUCAAGAGACUGAUAGCGCGCUACCCUCAGCAUCUGGGAUACGCGCACUCCCACGCUAGUCUGUUGGAGGUGUACAACUCUGGUCGUAUCGCCAGUCUGCUGGGUGUUGAGGGAGGUCACCUGAUGGGCGCCAGUCUCUCUGUACUCAGGAUGUACUAUGACCUGGGCAUCCGCUACCUCACCCUCACCCACACCUGCAACACUCCAUGGGCAGACUCUUCUCUCGCGGACUCUCCGGGCAACCAAGAGGAGAACUUCGGACUCAACGACUUCGGGGCGAAAGUCGUGCUGGAGAUGAACCGUCUGGGGAUGCUGGUGGAUCUCUCUCACGUCUCUCAGCAGACGAUGAGAGAUGCUCUAGCUGUCUCCCGCGCACCUGUCAUCUUCUCUCACUCCUCCGCUCACGCACUCUGUCGUCACUCACGCAACGUGCCAGAUGAUAUCCUCAAGCAAGUGCACUUAAACGGUGGGAUAGUAAUGGUCAGUUUCUACAACUACUUCCUCACCUGCAACGACUCCGCCAGUGUCCACGAUGUUGUCCGCCACAUUAACCACAUCCGGGAGGUAGCUGGUCUGGACCACGUCGGUGUCGGAGCUGACUUCGACGGCAUCAAUAAGACGCCGCUGGGGUUGGAGGACGUCAGUAAGUAUCCUACGCUGCUGGCGGAGGUGCUGAAGGAUCCCCGCUGGUCUGAGGAUGACCUAGCAAAGCUCGCCGGUGGUAAUUUCCUGCGAGUCUUACAGCGAGCCGAACAGGUGAGAGACGAGUUACGUUCCACACAACCUUACGAGGAUCACAUCCACCCAGACAACCUUGUGGGACGCCGCUCCUGCUGGUUCACGUGACGCUGCCCAUAUCUUAGGUCCUCACCUGUCCUCCUCCUCCUCUCUUUCCUCCUCUCCCUCGUCCUCUGCUGCCUCCACCUUCCACAUCGCAAAAAGACGCAUGGGGAGUGAAGGGGAAUAAGAUAAAGAGGAGGAAGAGGGAACGUUUCAUUCCAGCCGUUCCAGAGCCUCAUCCAGAUGAAUCAUGGACACUCAGGAGGUAGAGAGGGGGUUUAUAUUGUACAUUGUGAGCUUGUUUCUGUUACUGAAAUUAAAAACCCUGAGUCUAACUUGAUACGGAAAGUGUACAUUGCACUUGUAGUAUCACACCAUAAGAGAUUUUGCAUCUAGUGUCUUACCUGCAACUGGAUAUCGCAUUUGCACCAUCGUCUUCAAACUGUCGAUGGACUGACCUCGUACUCAAGUUGGCAAUAAAUAUUUUUUCACGCAGCUGUGAAAACUGAAAGUUAGUUGGCAAGACAAUCUUGUGCACAGAGUCGGGAGUCCAAUGUGUUCCCGUUCAGGGUACAGCUGACGGAAUUGUUGAGUUGAAAACCAUGUUCAUGGCGUCUUGUCGGAUUUAGUGAUUGAAUCACCGUAUGGGGGGAAAAUCAAAGGUUCUUACCAAGUAUUUUAUUAAAGUGAUUCUGGGUUAUUUAAUCUCCUCAGAACUGAUGAACUAGCUUCUGUUAUCAUUUGCUUUAGGCUAAAACUAAAGAUUUAAGCGAGUGAUGUUCAGUGGAAAGAAAAUAUUCCAUCGUGUGAUGUUGUUUUGGAAAUAAAGCGUCCGGGUGACAGUAUUUUUGGAACUCAAGGGUGACUGUCAAGUUAGAUAUACUCCACUGAAAGUUCAGUUUCCAGAGGUUGUUAACUGUGAUGUUGUGGUUGAAAGCCGCUACAAACUGCUGUGUCCAGAAGUGUAAAUUGCGAAAUGUGUCCAACAUAAAUUUCGAAAGUGUUGGGGGAGGGGGGGGGGGUCUUAAAUGGACACACUGAAAAGGGUAUCAAAACUGUAUUUGCACUUCCCGUCAUCGCCGGCCACUUGCCUUGACACAGUGAACUACUCUGUGACUUAAUUUUUCUCAACUAGUGACAGUGUUGUUUCGUAGCAUCGUUCCUUUAAGAGACACCAAAGUGUGAUUUGUAUAGUUAAAAACAAAAUGCCAUUUUGACCGACAUCUCUGUAAUAUAUAUAUAUGGGGGAGUAUAUUAUAGAACAAAAGCCCAAAGUGUCAUUUUGUCAGGUUUCCGCGUAGCACACACACCAAAGAAAGUGUUUUAAACUUAAUACAAAAGUGUAUUUUCAGCCAAUUUUAUUUUUUAUUAUAGAAAAUUCACUGAUAGACAUGUCUUUUGGAAUAUCUACUAACACAGUCUACCAACUUUUCGACUCAUAGAGUUUAGGAUCGCCAUGUUCUUUUGUGGAAUACAGCACUUCAAGACACACUAAAACUUCCCUUAUUAC